UUCAAAAUAAAAUCUGGCAGCUCUGGGUAGAAGUCAACAUGGGUUUAUAAUGAAAAUUGAUUAUUUUAAAUAAUAGUGGCGAAAAUAAAUAAACUAAAUGAUUAUUUUGAGUAGUAGUGGCGUAAACAGUUCAACUUAUUGUUAUAUAUAAGUUCCAAUUUAAUAUCCUGAUAGUGUGUCAAAGCUUUUUGUUCAUCCUGGAGUAUGUUAUUGUUUACCAUGUGGCCGGUUUAAUAUUCAAUGUUAUUGAGCUAAUAUUACAAGGAAAUUUACUUAAUCCAAAAUCUUAGUACUCUUGCAUAUGUGCUAUUAACUUGAAAAUAUUGCGUGUCUCCACAGUAGUGAAUAUGGUAACGUGCUCUUGGUUAUGAUAGCAUGCUUUACAGUUUUGGCAAGGUACGGUUACGUUCGAUCAGCUCAAAUUGGACCGGUAAUGACACGCAAGCGAACUCUAUCACCUGGCUCAAAACAAGUAUCGAAUGUAUUAUCAAAAAUGCCUACAAGAGACGAUGGCGGAAACAGCGUAACUGAAGAAAACGUCCGUUAUCUGGACACACCGGAUAAAUCAUUCUCCGAUAAUAAGGAGUAUAGAUCUAUUGUUCUACCGAAUGGAUUCCACGCGUUGUUGAUCUCAGAUCCGAUAGGACUUUCGCGAACCACUGUUAACGACACAGCUUUAGAAAGUAAUGCUGAUACUCCAGAACAUAGUGAAGAUGAAACCAGCAGCCAAUCAUCAAAUGAAAAUGCUAUGGGUGCUAGUUACGAAGAAGCCUUUGAAAGCAGUGAUUCCAACGGAGAAAAACUUGCGGCCGCAGCUUUGUCGAUUGGUGUAGGAUCUUUUAGUGAUCCACGCGCAAUACAGGGCUUAGCGCACUUUCUAGAACACAUGAUUUUCAUGGGCAGUAGAAAAUAUCCUGCCGAAAAUGAGUACGAUUCUUAUAUUAGCAAAUGUGGUGGCUUUGAUAACGCAAUAACCGACUUGGAAGAGACGACGUUCUAUUUCGAGAUUGAUGAAGUAUACCUUGACGGUGCUCUAGACAGGUUUUCUAAUCUUUUCGCGUCACCAUUAAUGCAACGAGAUUCUAUUUGUCGAGAACGUGACGCAGUAGAAUCUGAGUUCCAAACUAAUAUUAAUAACUUCUCAUCGAUGCGAGAACAGCUUUUAGGUUCAAUAGGAAUGGAUGAUCAUCCUUCCAGUUUAUUUUCAUGGGGAAACCUUCGUACUUUAAAAGAAAAUGUUACGGAAGACGACCUGUACGAAAUUUUGCACAAAUUUCAGCAGCGUCACUAUUCUGCGCAUAGAAUGCAUUUCGCCAUUCAAGCAAGAAUGAGUUUGGAUAGUCUCGAAGAACUAACGGUGAAGUACUUUUCGAACAUUCCAAAUAACCACCUUCCGGGUGACGAUUUUUCCGCGUUCAGUGAACAAAACGCGUUCAAACCCGAUUUUUAUGAAAAAGUGUUUUUUGUAAAACCAAAGUCCAAUAUAUGCAAGUUAGAUGUUACUUGGUGUUUACCGCCAAGUAUUAAGGAUUACGAAGUGAAACCCGUAGAUUAUAUAUCUUACCUUUUAGGAUACGAGGGAAAGAAUAGUUUAACCAGUUAUUUAAGGAAUAGGACGCUAGCAUCAGAGGUACAGACCGGUGCCAGUUAUGGGUUCGAAAAGAAUUCUCUCUUCACACUUUUCACUGUGUCUGUAACCAUGACUGACAAUGGCUUAGAUAAUAUAGAGGACAUUUUACGAGCAAUCUAUUCAUAUGUUAGAAUGCUGAAACGGAGUGGUCCAGUGGAGUGGCUCUACGAAGAACUAAAAGAAAUUGAGGCUACUUCAUUUCGUUAUCGAAAAGAGAAAGAUGCUAGUGACAAUGUCGAAGAAUUAGUGGUUAACAUGCGAUAUUAUCCUUCGAAGGAUAUUAUUACAGGAUCAGAAUUGUACUUUCGAUAUAAUCCAGAGGAGAUACAAACAGUCAUAGAUAAUCUCAAUCUUCCCAACUUCAAUAUUAUGAUCUCAUCCACUAAGCCGUAUAAGGGAAUAAGUUACGAUAGGAAGGAAAAAUGGUUUGGAACAGAAUAUACAUGUCAAGAUAUUCCACAAGAAUGGAGAGACCUAUGGAAUAACACGCCAAUCAUCCCAGAAUUACAACUACAAGACCGCAACCCCUACAUCAGCACAGAUUUUACAAUCUUCGCACAACAGGAUGCUACCACUAAUAUUACCCCAUUCCCGGAAAAAAUUAUGGAAAACAAUGUGUGUGAGCUUUGGUUUCGCCAAGACAACAAAUUCAAUCUCCCAAUGUCGCUAAUGUAUUUCUACUUUAUUUCUCCAUUAAAUUUACAAGAUCCUAAAAGUGCAACUCUAUCGAGUUUAUUUACAUUGAUAUUGAAAUUCCAAAUAGCUGAAGAUCUCUAUCCUGCAACUGUGGCUGGUUUAGUGUAUGAAGUUUUUGCUUCUGAAAAGGGAAUUAAUUUGAAGGUUUAUGGCUACAAUGAAAAAACACUAAUUAUUGUCUAUGAAAUCGCCAAAGCGAUGCAGUGUUUUGUUCAGAAAAUUAAACCAGAUAUAUUUACAGUCAUGAAAAAAGAAUUGGCCAAAUCUUACUACAAUGAAAUACUUAAAACUAAUAAGUUGAACAGGGAUAUUCGUCUGAAAAUAGUACAAAAAACUUUUUGGACUACUGUUGAGCGAUUUAACGCACUGAAGAAUCUUACGAUUGAAGAACUAAAGGAAUACUCCCAAACUUUCUUCCGCCACGUUAGAAUCCAAGCCCUGAUACAAGGGAACGUUCGUAGACAAGACGCAUUGCAUCUAAUGUCGAAAAUGUUAGCAACCCUCGAGAUUGGAGAGAUACAAAAUCAAUCACUCAUUGAGUCAAAAGCACGUGAAAUACCACUCGGCAAUAAUUAUUUAACAGUUAAAUCUUUUCGCAAUGACGAUGUUAACACAGCGACCACUAACUUCUAUCAAGCAGGACCUAUUACGCCCACCCUAUAUGUGCAAUUACAAAUGUUAGUCAUGCUAGUCGAAGAGCCACUUUUUGACAUUCUGCGCACCAAGGAGCAACUGGGCUACGAUAUAUCCACCACAAUGCGUGAAAAUUUCGGUAUUUUGGGAUAUUCAAUCACUGUUCACUCACAGGAGGACAAAUUUACUUUCAAGUACAUUGACGAACGAAUAGAAAGCUUUAAUAGUAAAUUUAUACAAAUAUUGGAAAAUAUGAAUGAGUCUGAUUUCCAACUGAUGAAAUCUUCUUUAUUAAAACGCAAGCAGAUUGUCGAUACUGAACUCAAAAAUGAAAUGAGUAGGAAUUGGGCUGAAAUAACUUCAGAGCAAUACAUAUUCGAUCGUAACAAAUUAGAAAUAGAAUACAUCCAAAAACUAACAAAAGAUGAAAUCAUCGAUUUUUACAAAGUGCUAUUGUUUGAUAACAAACAAAGAAGAAAGCUUUCGGUUCAAGUUGUUGGAUGUAGCGAUAAAUCGAACAAUUGUAGCCUAGAAACUAAGGAAGAUGAUAUGAAUAAUGGGGAAGAUCUGAAUCGAGAGUUUCAAAUACAUUAUGUAACAACAGAUGACACACAACGAAAUCAUGUAACUGACAUUAUCAGUUUUGGAAAUAACUUAACAGUGUAUCCACUCACCAAGCUUCAUUUCUAAUUAUUUGGCUAGCCUAGUGAUAAUAUUAGUGAAGGUAUAAAUCAUGUGGAUUGCGAUUUGGUGUUGAACAUUUGAAUAAAGUUUAUUCGAUUUAA